GACUAAGGGGAAAGAUAAAACCUCUUUUUGUGCUUCCAACCCUGUGUGGAACUGAAUUUCCUAUCAAGAAAGGAAAAAGUUUUUUUUUCAAUUCUCCUUUUCCCCCGGACCAACUACCAGCCUCCCCCAAGGUGAAAAAUAUGAAAACCACAGAAUUAAUCUCAGAUGCCCUAAUCAAGUUUCAAACAAAUAGUUUGUCAUUUUGAAUAAAAUUGUGCCAACGAUUGUAAAAUCAUGCUAUAUAUUGAUUGAAUGAUGAACUCAAAUGUUUGUUUUUGAUACACACAACUGCAGAACGGUGUGGGCAAAUUGUCUCCAUACUAGACCCACCUAUUGGGCACUGGGCAUGCUGUUAUCAGAGGGCACGGAAACACACACGUGUAAAGUGUUUCCACAUUACCAGAGAAAUCUUUCAAGUGCAUUUUUAAUUGGCAGGUCAAUCUGUAAGUGAGCCUAAAUGAACUCAAGUAUAAAUAUAUAACAAGACAAGCACUUGAGCAGUUUUUUCUGUCGCUAUCAACGUGACGUAUUUUUAUUAUUACCUGGCGAGUGUAAAAAUCAGUGGUGGAACCGUAAUCAGGUUAAAUUUUUGCAGGUACCGGACCGGUACACUUCAAGCUUCUGACCAUGGAGACAUGUUUAACUUUUUGCAGGUACGAGAGUGGAAGGCUGAUGGGGAAAAGCGUCCCAUGUGCACAGCACGACCUGGAUACCAAGCGGUCAGCCUACGGAUUGGAAAAUACAAGAAAACCCAUCAUAAAAUUAAUGUCAAUCUGGUGGACAUCCUGGAAGUGGACACUGACCGGAGAGUGGUGCGAGUGGAACCACUUGUCGACAUGGCACAGGUGACAGCCAUGUUGAAUCCACUCGGCUGGACACUGCCCAUCAUUCCAGAACCGGAUAUGCUAACCGUGGGUGGCAUGAUAAUGGGCGUGGGCAUUGAAACCUCCUCCCUUAAGUUUGGCUUAUUCCAACACAUCUGUGUGGCCUAUGAACUGGUCAUGGCUGAUGGCAGUUUAGUGAGAUGCUCUGAGAAUGAAAAUUCAGAUUUGUUCUAUGCUGUGCCUUGGUCCCACGGAACACUGGGAUUCCUCGUGGCAGCCGAGCUGCAAAUCGUGCCUGCUAAGAAGUAUGUGAAGAUCGAGUACCGGCCAGCCCACUCUAUGAGCGAAAUCAUCAAAGCGUUCUCCGAGGAAACCAUGAAAAAAUCCAACAACGAAUUUGUGGAAGCACUGAUGUACGGUAAGGAGGCUGGGGUCAUCAUGACGGCAAAUAUGACCGAUGAUGCGGAGGAAAGUAAGGUCAAUUGCAUCGGGCAUUUCUGGAAGCCCUGGUUCUUCAAGCACGUCCAAGCCUACCUGAAGUCGGGGCCGGGCAUCGAGUACAUCCCACUGUACCACUACUACCACCGGCACAAGCGGAGUAUCUUCUGGGAGCUUCAGGACAUCGUCCCAUUCGGCAACAACCCGCUGUUCCGCUACCUGUGCGGCUGGAUGAUGCCACCCAAGGUGUCGCUGUUGAAGCUGACCCAGGGAGAGACCAUACGCAGAAUGUAUGAGAGAAACCACGUGAUACAGGACAUGUUGGUACCCCUCCAUAAGCUCCGCGAGUGCCUGGAUUGUUUUGACAAAGAGUUCGAACUCUACCCCUUGUGGCUGUGCCCCUUCCUGUUGCCUUCCCGACCGGGGCUUGUCCACCCCGAGGGGAAUGAGGACGAGAUGUAUGUCGACGUGGGAGCCUGGGGGACACCCAUGAGAAAAGGGUUCCACUUUGCUGAGAUGACCAGACGAGUCGAGGAGUUUACGCAGAGUGUCCACGGAUUCCAAAUGCUAUAUGCCGACACUUACAUGACUCGGGAGGAGUUCCGCCAGAUGUUUGAUCACACGUUGUACGACAAACUGAGACACAGGCUGGGCUGUAAGAAAGCCUUCCCUGAAAUCUACGACAAGAUCAGCAGAGCUGCACGCAUCUGAUUAUUCAGGAAUAUUUCCCAUUUUACAUAACAUUACAGCCUUAACCACAGUGGUUAAGACCUUGUUAUUGUCAGACUGUUAAAAGGAGAUGCUGAAUAUGUUACUUGUGCUAAAUUUAUCUUUACAUAUAAUUUAGAUCAACAUAAUCGGAAAAAUCCAACACCUUGAUUUUUUUUUUUUACUGAAAAAAAUACUUGUUGGAUUUACUUUGGAGACAAUUUCAUAUUUAAGUUUAAGAAACAGUGCAAAUUUUUGGGACCAGUGAAUUGCUGUGGAUUGUACGUUUAUUGAAGGAUGCCAUGGUUUUGGGUUGUUGCUACCAUAGUCUUCAAUUUAAACAUAUGUAGGAGUUCGUCAAAGUUAGGAACUUACCAGUGUAUCCAAUCAGACUAUUGAUGCCAAAGCUGAAAUGCAGUAGAUAUUUAGUAUUCAGUUGAAAGAAAAUUAUCCCCAGCAGUAGGAACUAGUCAGCUAACCACUGUGUUGUGUUACAUGGACGUCAC